AUGUCGGCCGACAAUAGUCCGCCUGCCAAAAGGGCCAAAUUGGACGGCUCCCAGUUACCGGAACCUCCGAUUGGCCCUGAAACCCCAAACGAAUUGCCAUCGGAGACGGCACGCCGCGCGGAAAAGCCAGGUUUUCUCAAAGAAAGGCCCGGCCAAGAUGCCUCGACGACUCGGUCCUCGACCGAAAAAGAGGUCAGUCAACCGGCUCCGAGUCAUGGUCCGCCGGUGCCUUCGGGGAGCGAACCUCCAAAGGAUACUGGUUCCUCCUCCGCUUCGGCUGGACUUCCAACACAAUUGCCUCCUCGCAACGCCCCAAAAGAAACGCUCAAUCCUCGUAUGCUCGCCAAUGCACCAGCAACUCAUCAAAGUCGAACUGCUAUUCUUGUGAAGCUGCACGCUGCCAUGGCUUCUCUCAACGAGAGGUUGAGCAAGGACGAGGACAGCGCGAAUAAAUGCUUCGUCCUCACUGCCGAUGAAGUCAUCACAAUGGCUCUCGACGAGGAAGAAAAGUUUGCAAAGCAAAACGCGAGCGUUUAUGUGAAUGUUAUCAAACUUCGCAUCGUGAAAGUCACGAAGAUGGGCAUUGACGAAUGGGUCAAGGAGGUGACAUCUCAUCUGAAUGCGCGUUACUACAAACUCAACCCCAUCCAAAAGCCUCAGCCUCUGGUCCAGCCCAUACCCGUCGACACAGGUCUCGCCCCCGCCCAAGAAGUUGCAGUCGCAUCUCUGCUGGUCACAUCACUUGUUAAUCUCGAAGAGCAUGGGUAUGUCACAAAGCCAGCCACCGAUGCCGAGAUUGAGACUGCCAAGCAAGGCCUCGAACAGGCCAAGGGUUGGGAGCAAUGCUGUCGGUGUAAGCAACGAUUCCAAGUCUUCCCAGGUCGUCGGGAGGAUGGUGCUUUGACCAGUGGUGGUCCCUGUAUCCACCAUCCAGGAAGGCCAGUCCAUCCCCAGCGCAAAAAAACAGAUCGCGUCACUGGUCCCUCGCACCCGUACUUUUCCUGCUGCAGCGAAGCAUUGGACAAAUCUAGUGGCUGCACUAAGGCCGAAUCGCAUGUCUUCAGAGUCUCGGAGGCCAAGCGUCUUGCAUCCAUCCUUCAGUUCAAGACAACCCCGGCACAGCCCGAGAAAGGACCCAUGCCACCCGUCGCUUUUGACUGUGAGAUGGGGUAUACCACUCUGGGUAUGGAAUUGAUUCGCCUCACUGCCGUCAGCUGGCCCGAAGGCCAUGACCUGCUCGAUAUCCUGGUCCGACCGAUGGGCGAAGUCCUAGAUCUCAACACUCGAUAUUCCGGCAUUACGGCGGAACACUAUGCUUCUGCGAAACCCCAUGGCACUCCAAUGCCGGCCACAAGUUCCUCAUCCUCGAAUGAGGAAGGGAAGGUCAAUCUCCCAUUGCAACUUGUCCAGUCGCCCGCCGAGGCACGCGAUCUGCUCCUGAACCUCCUUCAGCCAGAGACACUUCUCAUCGGCCACUCGAUCGAGAACGAUCUCAACGUCUGCCGCAUCAUUCAUCCCACGGUCAUCGAUACCGCACUCUUGUAUCCCCACCCGAAGGGUCUCCCCGUCCGUUGGGGUCUCAAGUCCCUUGCGCUAAAGUAUCUUGGUCGCGAGAUCCAGACGGGAUCCAAUGGACACGAUUCGAGGGAGGAUUCAAUCACUACCGGUGAUCUGCUGAGAGUCAAGGUCGGUAGUAGAUGGAACAACCUGGAAGAGCUCGGAUAUUCCUUCCAUGAGGAUAAGUUGAUCGAUCCGGAGGGCAAAGAAGCGACAACUCCUCCAGCUUCAUGGACAACGGUCCCUGACCCUGGCCAGAAGAGAAAAUCUGGGAAAUGA